AUGGUUGCCUCUACGCAGUGGGAGGGUACAUUGGAGAAACCGCUCUACAUAAAUACCGUAGAGAGGUUCGACCCACGGGUCGGUAGAUGGGAAGAGGUUUGUCCCAUGUCAACCCCUCGAUAUUGCCAUUAUUCCGCAGUGCUCCAUGGCGAACUAUAUGUAGCAGGUGGAACCAAAGAAGAUUCAGAGAGGCUGAGCUCUGCUGAGAAGUACGAUCUCCGAAAUGAUAAGUGGGUUUCAGUGGCUGAUACGAGCUGUAGCCGAGAUGGUUUAGGACUGGCUGCAGUCAAUGGAAAGUUAUAUGCCAUUGGUGGGAUUAAUAGUAGUUCAGCUGAAGUUUUUGAUCCUGAGAGGAACCAGUGGAAACACCACAGUAACAUGAACUGCAAACGGAUCUAUCCCGGUGUUGUUGUUCUACAGAAGCCAUAG